UAUGGCAGACUUCUCUCUCCAAACUGCGGAAGAUAUGGAGGCGGAGCUUUCUAACGUUUCUUGCAUUCUUUAACUCUUUUGAGUCUUGACAUAUAGCUCCGAGCACAAACUAGUACCACCUUAUUUUCUUUUCUUGGAAGGGGGGACGGCGAUGGGUUCUUUGCUGCUCGGUUCUACCGGGCCACCAAUAAAACGAAGAGCUGGUUUGCGCAUAAAACAAGCGGGGCGAGGCUCGUACAGAGGCAGCUAGGGGAGCGUGUGCUGUUAAUUUGACGAAUAUAGUUUUUUUGUUAACUUGUGGUUAUUUACUCGGUACUCAUCUGAUGGGGCCUUCUAUCCUGAGACAAUUGCUGAGGAGCCUUUGCCACAAUUCACCGUGGAAUUAUGCAGUCUUUUGGAAGCUUGAGCAGUGCAAUCGAAUGCUUUUGACUUGGGAGGAUGGAUAUUGUGAUUUCUCAAGAUGUGGCGAGCCUGCACAAAGUUUGUUAAAAAGUGUUUGGAUUAGCGAGAUGGACGGGAAUGUGCUCUUUGGGAAUGAAACAAGCUCAGGCAAUGAAAGUUCUGUUGGAUAUCCAAUUCAAUUGGCAGUGGCAAAUAUGUCAUGUCUGCUGUACUCAAUGGGAGAGGGGGUUGUUGGUAAAGUGGCAUCUACCGCAAAGUAUUGUUGGGUUUUUUCUGAUAGUGUCUCUGCUGGUAUCAACUCUGAGCUAAUUCCUGGGUAUCCGGAUGAGUGGCUACUUCAGUUUGCAGCAGGCAUCAAGACUAUUUUGCUUGUACCUGUUGUUCCGCAUGGGGUACUGCAGCUUGGGUCUUUGGAGACGGUCAAUGAGGAUCCGAUGCUAGUCACUCAUAUCAAGGAUAUGUUCAAUACUGUUCAGUACGGUGGUGGGGUUUCCAUACCUUCAGCAUCAAGCAGUGAUCUCUUAGUUCUUCCACCUUCAUCACUGACAUCUGUUUGCUUGGAUAACUUAGCUGAGCCAUUAUCAUUUAUUGGUAAUCUGCUGGAUCCAAUUCCAAUGGAGCUCAAUGGUGUCCAGAUAACAAAGAAUGAUCUCCCAAUGAUAGGCCCUCAGCUUACACCGCUUUUGACAGUUCCGGUGAAGCUCCACACCCUUGGAAAAGAUCUGCAGCCAAUUCCAGGAAGUGUGGAGGAAGCUGGCUUUGGUGCUCUAUCAGUUGGUCCAGCUGAAGUAUCAUUUUCACAUAAUCAUUCUCUGAUUUCCAAUCUGACUUCUAACCAUUUGGGGAUGAGGGGAGACGUAUUUGACUUCACUUGUUUUGAAAAAGGACUACAUGCCUCUUCUGAUUGUAAUUGUUCUGACAUGGGGAUAUCUUCCAAGCAAACUGACAUAAAUUUUGACCUUAUAGGAGGUUUCACAGAUCAACAAUUCGGAGAAGGGACUAUUAAUCAGAUGAAUCAUAGAAGUGCCAAUAGUUUUUUAGGAUUCCCUGUGGACUUUGAACUACCCAAAGCACUUCAAACUUGCAAGGGAGGCUGCAACAGAUUUCUGUGCAGCCCCACUAUUUCUGAGGAGGUUGUCUGUGGCAGUUUGUUAGACCUUACAUGCCAUGGAGAUCUCAAUGUGGGUGUUGAGCUGUCAGCUAGGAAAUCCAUUGGAUGGUGUAGGAAGGGUGAGGAUGCAGGACAUCUCUUCGAUACUGUGGUUGCAAAUGUGCAAGGUGAUUCAGAUGAUGCUACACCUGAUAUACCUAAUCCUAUUAGCUCACCAAUUGUCUCAUCAGGGCGAUUCACGGCAUCUUGCCAAACACAAAAUCAAUCUGAAGGAAGUAUCUUGGUUAAAAGUGAUCCACUUUCACUGAAUAACACGACUUCCACAUCUGUUACCGUUGCUGAGAAAGCCAUCAAUAAAACUGGGGCUUCAUUCGGGAGCAUGAUGAGCACGUUUAUAGAUGAGGAGCAACCCAAAAAAGUAUGUGCAAACAUGCAGUCUGGUGUUAAAGAUGCAAAAUUGUCGCAUGUUACUAGGAAGACAAGGUCUGAUAGAACUAAAGGGCCAAGACCGAGGCCAAGGGAUAGACAGAUGAUCCAAGACCGUGUCAAGGAGUUGCGGGAGCUUGUACCAAAUGGUGCUAAGUGUAGCAUUGAUGCUUUGUUGGACCGAACCGUAAAACACUUGAUGUUUUUAAGAAAUGUUACUGACCAAGCUGAGAAGUUGAGGCAGUGUGCCCAUGAAAAGGCUGGUAAAAUGAACUGGAAAUCCACUGGAGUGCAAGGUCACCAGAAUGGCAUGAGCUGGGCUUUUGAGAUGGGAAGCAAACUUGGGGUACCUCCCAUUAUUGUAGAAGACCUUGAUCAUCCAGGACACCUGCUCAUAGAGAUGUUAUGCCAGGAACAUGGUGUGUUCUUGGAAAUUGCACAAAUCAUAGGACAUUUAGAGUUGACUAUUCUGAAAGGGGUGAUGGAAACCCGUGCAGGUGAGAUUUGGGCUCACUUCAUAGUGGAGGCUUCACGAGGGUUUCAGAGGAUGGAGGUGUUCUGGCCACUGAUGUUGCUGUUACGAAGGAACAGAAAAUCCAUCUCAACCAAGUUUUGAUGCUUUCAUUGUCUUAAUUUGCUUUGGAAUGUGAAUGAACAAUUGAUUCAUGAUAUCGUAAAGUGUUAUGUACCUUUUAUGUGAAGGAAUGGAAGCAA